AUGGGUACAAUGGAGUCUUUCUUUAUUUGUCCCUCUCGCAUCAUCACUCUCCAUCUCUCACUUUAUUUAUUUUUUAACUUUCUUUCCUUGCUACUUUAUCACAUCGUCCCUUUCUGUCUUAUAUUAUCUUUACCUUUUCCUUUCUUUGUCUGUCACUUUGUCAUCUGCUCUACCUCUCACUCUCCCUCACUCGCUAUAUUUCGAAUACCGAUCAGACUUUCCGAAUUCUCUUUUAAUUUCUCUAUCCCUCUCACAUUAUUCAUUCAUUCUUUCUUUUUCUCUAAUGCCUUUCUUUCUUUCUUUCUUUCUUUCUUUCUUUCUUUCUUUCUUUCUUUUUCUCUAAUGCCUUUCUUUCUUUCUUUCUUUUUCUCUAAUGCCUUUCUUUCUUUCUUUCUUUCUUUCUUUCUUUCUUUCUUUCUUUCUUUCUUUCUUUCUUUCUUUUUCUCUAAUGCCUUUCUUUCUUUCUUUCUUUCUUUUUCUCUAAUGCCUUUCUUUCUUUCUUUCUUUCUUUCUUUCUUUCUUUCUUUCUUUCUUUCUUUCUUUCUUUCUUCGCACAUACAUAUACCCGUGCACACGUAA